AUGCGUACCUCUACUCUCCUCACCUUGGGCGCCGCCUCUGGUUUGGCCAUGGCCACAGUCAUGACAAACACCUUCUUCCAGACCACUACAGUCACCGUUGUUCACUGUGAGCCAACUCACACUGACUGUAUUGGAGGCAGCGUUACCGUCCUCACCACCGUGAGCUCAACUGAGUGCCUCACUACAGUCAGCUCUACUCCAGCCCCAGUUGUUGAGACUUCGCCUUCAACCCCAGCGCCAGUCGAAUCGACCCCCGCUCCAGUCCCAACCACAUCUCAGGUCUCAAGCUCGGCCGUUGAGGUUCCAAGCACCACCGCUGAGGCUCCAAGCUCGACCUAUGUCCCAAGCUCUACCGUUGAGGUCCCAAGCUCCACCGCUGUUACCGACUCCGCUGAGGGCGUUCCAAGCUCGACCAUCACCGCUAGCAUUGUGACUGGUUCCACCGAAGUCGUUUCCUCAACCUUGGCUACCGUUCCCUCCGAGAGCUACGUCCCAGUUACCACUCCAGCCUACAGCAACACCUCUGAGCCCGUCGCUUCGACCAGCUCUCCUACAACCACCACAGCUAUCGUAGUUACUACUCCAGCUAGCAACUAUAGCCCCACCGUUCCUGCUCCAUCUUCUACGCAGACUGGUGUAAGCGGUGCCAGCAAUGUGGUUGUCCCUGGCUUCACCUUGGGCCUCCUCGCUCUUGGUGCCUAUCUCUUCGGAUAA